AUGAACAGUCACAUCAAGAUGGAUUUGGUGCAUGAAGCAGACAUAGUUGUGGCUCCACUGACCAUAACAUCUGAUCGUGAACGUGUGGUAGAUUUUACCACACCCUUCAUGGAGUUCGGGCUCUCUGUGAUGUACCAGAAGAUGGAUCGUCCCCAUCCAGACCCUCUCUCCUUUAUGGAACCCCUGUCUACAGAAAUUUGGAUGUGUAUCUCCUUUGCCUACCUCGGUGUCUCCGUUGUUCUCUUCCUUGUCAGUCGGCUCUCUCCCUCGGAAUGGGGUGCUCCACUGAAUAAGUCCAAGACUCCAACAGAUCCCAAUCUAGAAGGUGAUGAGGGCGAUGGAGCAGUGGAUACCUCUCACACUGACAGUAUUUUCUCAAUCUUCAACAGUUUUUGGUUUGCGUUGUCUACUUUUGUUCAGCAAGGUGGAGAUAUUGUUCCAAGAUCUCUUUCGGGUCGAAUAGUGGGUGGUGCAUGGUGGUUCUUCACUCUCAUCAUAGUCAGCUCCUACACCGCCAAUCUAGCAGCUUAUUUGACAGUGGAGAGAAUGACGAAUCCCAUCCAAUCCUACGAGGACUUGGCUAGACAGUCGAAGGUCAAGUAUGGAAUUAUCAAGUCAGGCUCUACUAGAGACUUCUUUGAGGUCGGUCCAAAUCUUGACAGUGGGAAGGGUUAUGGAGUGGCCACUCCCCCAGGUUCGGAUCUUCGCGACAGACUAAAUUUGGCGGUUCUCGAACUUAAGGAAAUGGACUGGAUUGCCCAACUCUACCGCCUCUGGUGGGAGGAAAGAGGGGAAUGCGGGAAAAUGGACAAAUCUGCCGAUGUAAGUGGAGGCUCUUGUCAUUUCGGAUAUUUACACAUGCAAACCGACGAGUGGGCCGGAAAGCUCAGGUUAAGAUGA